GGGUCUCGCCCCCGCAGGCGGGAAGGGGGAAGCGCCGGGACUCCGGCUCUGGAAUGAGGCUGGCCUCGGCUGCGGCGGCGGGACCCGGGCCGGCCAUGGCGGUGUGGACACGGGCCACCAAAGCGGGGCUGGUGGAGCUGCUGCUGCGAGAGCGCUGGGUGCGGGUAGUGGCCGAACUGAGCGGCGAGAGCUUAAGCCUGACUGGGGAUGCGGCGGCAGAGGCGGACCCCCCGCUCGGGCCGGCGUUGGCCGCCUUCAACGGCCUCCCCAACGGCGGCGGCGGCGGCGGGGACUCCCUGCCCGGCAGCCCAAGCCGCGGCCUGGGCCCGCCCAGCCCGCCCGGGGCUGCUGCAGGCGGCUCUCCGCCCGUGCGGCGCGUGCGGGUCGUGAAGCAGGAGGCGGGCGGCCUGGGCAUCAGCAUCAAGGGCGGCCGCGAGAACCGAAUGCCCAUCCUCAUCUCCAAGAUCUUCCCAGGACUGGCGGCCGACCAGAGCCGGGCUCUGCGUCUGGGCGACGCCAUCCUGUCGGUGAACGGCACCGACCUGCGCCAGGCCACCCACGACCAGGCCGUGCAGGCGCUGAAGCGAGCCGGCAAGGAGGUGCUGCUGGAGGUCAAGUUUAUCCGGGAAGUGACGCCAUAUAUCAAGAAGCCAUCGCUGGUAUCUGAUCUGCCCUGGGAAGGAGUUGCCCCCCAGUCACCAAGCUUUAGUGGCAGUGAGGACUCAGGCUCUCCCAAACACCAACACGGCACCAAGGACAGGAAAGUCAUCCCUCUCAAAAUGUGUUUUGCUACCAGGAACCUGAGUAUGCCUGAUCUGGAGAACAGAUUGAUAGAACUCCAUUCUCCUGAUAGCAGAAAUACUUUGAUCCUACGAUGCAAGGAUACUGCAACUGCCCACUCCUGGUUCAUAGCUAUCCACACCAACAUCAUGGCGCUCCUCCCCCAGGUGUUGGCUGAACUCAAUGCCAUGCUUGGUGCUACCUGUACAGCAGGAGGCAGCAAGGAGGUCAAACACAUUGCCUGGCUGGCAGAACAGGCAAAACUAGAUGGCGGAAGGCAGCAGUGGAGACCAGUCCUCAUGGCUGUGACUGAGAAGGAUUUACUGCUUUAUGACUAUAUGCCAUGGACAAGAGAUGCCUGGGCAUCACCUUGUCAUAGUUAUCCUCUCAUUGCUACCCGGUUGGUACACUCGGGCUCAGGAUGUAGGUCACCAUCCCUUGGAUCUGACCUGACAUUUGCUACAAGAACAGGCUCCCGCCAGGGCAUUGAGAUGCACAUGUUCCGGGUAGAGACCCAUCGGGACCUGUCCAUGUGGACCCGGGUACUUGUCCAAGGUUGUCAUUCUGCUGCCGAAUUGAUCAAGGAGGUCUCACUAGGUUGCCUAAUGAAUGGCCAAGAAGUGAGACUUACGGUGCAUUACGAGAAUGGCUUCACAAUUUCCAGGGACGGAGGAGGCCCCGGCAGUGUGUUGUAUCGAUAUCCCUUUGAAAAGUUAAAAAUGUCUGCUGAUGAUGGUAUCAGAAACCUCUACCUGGAUUUUGGUGGUCCUGAGGGAGAACUGACGCUGGACCUGCACUCGUGCCCCAAGCCCAUCGUUUUCGUCCUGCACACCUUCUUGUCCGCCAAAGUGACGCGCAUGGGCCUGCUGGUGUGAGCCGAGGGCCCGCCGGGAGCAGCCCGAGGAGCCCCCACCUCCGAGGAACAAACUAAGCACAAAAGAAAGCUGCUUCUCGCUCUCUCCUGCAGCAUCAGUGCCUUGACAAGGACCUGCGAUCACUGCUAACCCUCAACCAAGAGCCACCCCCAGGAGCGCCUGCGCUCUCCAGGCCCCGGCCGGGGGCCGCACACGCCGCCGAGCUCUUCUGUCCAUUCUCUCAUCGUCCUCUGUGGGUGUUCAUGUUUCUUUUCCCACAGUGGGGCGGGUCACUGACUUUCCUAACAGGAGAGACGUUUCCCCAGGGCCAGCCCCCCGCCCUGCAAGUGGGGUGUUUGCUCUGCAGCCACGGGGGCGCUCCCACCUUCUCUCAUGGGAAACCUCGAUCGCAGGCCCUGCGGUGCCCCCCUCUCUGCCCUGAUGCUGUUGCUACAUCCCCACCACUGCCAUCGUCACCCAACUUACCAAGUUUUUACCACUUGAAAGUGUUUACUUUACAGCAUAAAACCUGUGAAAUGUCAGUUUAGUUCACCACAUAUUUUUAAGCACCACCUCGCAGAAAGAAUAUUGGAGACCAGGGUAUUACACAAGGGAAUAUCUACUCAUUUUCAUUUUGGGGUUUUUUUCUGAUUCAUUUUUUUGGAAGGAACCAGAGGAUAUUAUGGUAUCAGACUGAUUUUAAAAGAAAAUCUUUACUUCAUACAAAGCCAUUUUUUAUGGCUUACCAAAUGUGCCUUCGGUCAGGAUGGGUGGCGCUUUUAGUCAGAUGUCGUUGAGUAUCACAACUUCCGCUGAAGGAAGGUCCUCCCAGUUUGAAAGGCUGCUUCACUAACCGGAGUUCCUUGGCUGCGUUUUUGGCAGCUGGCCAGCUCCCAGGGGAAGACAGAUUUGGAAGAGUUGCCAUUCGAGCCUGGACUUUGGAGGAACAAGCGGCACAUUUGCACAAAUGCUAUCAGCAGUCACUUGGGGCCAUCGGAUCCCAAUGCAGCCUCUGCAAUGUGUGGCUUAGUUUAUCCGCUGCAAAGUGAUAGGAGAGAAAACGAUUCAUCCUUAGCAAUGUCAGAGCCUGGCAGAGGCCGUGAGAUUCUAGAACCGUCCUUGAGCAUUCUUGAAAUAUUCUUGACAUUCCUCCAAGGAAGUGGAAUGAACAAGGUCGUUAGGUUUGUGGCGUUGUAAAGCCCGCUUUCCCUCUAAUCUUCAUAGGGCUACGUUUAUGAAAAAUGGUUCAGCAACAGAGUGCAGAUAGAGCGGCCAUCCUGAAUCCGAAAGAAGACCAAGUGUUCGCUCCGAUGGACACCCCUGAAAUUUCCCGUCCCUUCAGAAAGGGUGGGUCUGGGGUUAGCCAGCUAGCCGUCCUCUCGUCAGCAAAGCAUCCCCGGAGGGAACAUUUUUGAAAAGGUUGUGAAGACAAAAGGGCUUUCUAUACAGGAACAGCAGUGUCCGGGCACACAAGCAAGGCGCGUCGAGGGGUGGCUUCUUGAGUGAGCACAGACCUGCUGCUCCCCCAGACCACUACCACGCUCCUGUCCAUGAGCUGCCUCUGCUCUUGUCCCGUUUAUGUGCUAGGGGAGGAGGGAGGUGCCCUUGUUCUCGUGUCCCACAUCCAUGAAGUUUCUGAAGGCUAGAUCUAAGUUGCCCUCCCUACUUGAGCUGCAGAGACACAACUAGAAAGGCAAAAUAGUUAUUUAUGGAAUUUUUAAUUUUUGAAAUCUUAUCAUUGGAACCUAUAGGUUAAUUGGUCUUUUAAAUAUUUCUGUCUCGUCAUUCAAUUUGAAUUUUGAUACUAAAGUCUUAGAGGCUGGGAGCAGCCCAUAGGACCCAAGAAAUUUUCUCAAAGAGUGUCUUGGAGCCCAGGUCCUAUCUUAAAGCAGAAUUCCAGCACUUACUGUUGUCAAAUUUAGGAGCUUGGCUCUUUUUAAUGGAGGCUGUCAAAGCUCUGCACAAACAUAACCUCAUUACACUGGACUCCUGUUGUCCAAAGUGAACAAAAGUUUAACUGCAGACUGAAAUGAACUCAACAAAGUCCUUAGAUUCCUGCUUUGCUGUGGAUAUUUUUAUAUAUUUUUGUUUAAAAAAAAAAAGGCUGAGCCAACAAGAACUAUAAUCAUGGGAACGUCUGGAACCACCCUCUUCAUCCUUCCUUCUUCAGAAGAUUUUGUACAGGGUAAAAUGUGAGUGAGAAUAACAAAAACCAUCCCUUUUCAUCGCUAAGAGAUUUCAUUCCCUCCAUUUGGGCUGCACAAAGCGUCAUAGACCGAAGGCUUUUGAUUAGAUUGUUGUUCCUUGAAUGGAAACAGGAAUGGAAUGGAAGGGAAGCCCAUCCACAAGAGAACAGCAACUCUGGGAAGACCCUCAUAGAGUCAUCUAAUCAUGGUGGUCAGGGGACCAGUGGGGUGAUCAUGAGCCCACAAACGAAGUGCUUUCUGAAGGGACUCUCUAGAUAAAUGCAUUUCUAAGUAAGCUCACCAAAUAGGGCAACUUGUUUGAAAAGAAGACAGCCUUGCCUUUCUGGCUCUGCCAACCAGGGCAGGUAGAUUAUGAUUCCCUUUUCAUCUUUGAUUCGGAAAACUAAUGAGAGUCCUCAGUGCUCUCCAUGCCUAGAACUUGGAGCUUAAAGGAAACCAACCACAGGGCAGCCGAUCACUUCUUCUCCACACUCCUAUGCAAUCUAGGGUGGGGGAGAUUUGAGAUUUUCUGUUCCACAUUCCCCCUCCCCCCAUAUGUGAUUGAGUUCAUAAGCCACUGAUUGGUGGUAGGCUCUGCUCUUUUCCCCUAUAAGCCUUUCUCUUUUUCCUCCAUUCCCCUCUGUCCUUUCCCUGGCAUCUUAAAAAGAAAAAAAUUUAAAAGUAGGAACAGCUAUCUUUUUGUAAAAGGAAAACCUUUCCUUACCAGGUCAUAAAAUGGACCUCAACCUGAAGAUUCAUUUAAAAUCUAGCAUUAUCUCGCUAAGUAUUUUUCUUUCAUGUAUGUUUAUGCAGUUAUUUAUUAGAAUAAUUAUAAUUGUAAUUCUUUAUAACUGCCCAGUUGAUCCCAGAAAUCUGAGGUCAAAUGCUGGCUAUGUGCACAUAAACAGAAUAUUACUCGAAAGGCCAUUCAAGUCUUCAAAAGCCAUCUUUGAGCACUUUUUAAACAAGGGAUAUCUUAUUGCUUCAUAUUAUCCGUUCAUGUUAUCUGCACUCUCAAUAACUUUAUAAUCCCAAAAACUUGCUGCCUAGGCAGGAAGUAGAGCUAUGGAAUUCCUUGUUAUAUUUUUGUUUUUAAAAAUUAUACCUUUAAAUAGUAAAUAACUAAAGCUGUUACUGGCUAUUCCUAUCUCUAACUCUUUAAGGUAAAUGUUAGCAAAAUCUUUCCCACUAUUUCAUUUUGCACUUAGCUGCCAACCCAUAAUUUAUCCUCGGUUUUUUUUUUUUUUAAAUUAAAAAUCUUACGUGGAGAAUUAAUACGGUCAUGAUUCUCUCAGAAAAAUAGCUUUCACUCUAAAUGGUUUUCAUUGGCAAGAUGGUGUGACUACAUUUGAGAAAGUCUGAUGGAUUUUUUUUCCCUCAAAAAAAAAAACCAAAACCCUUCAGAUCCUCGGGUAUAAUUUAUAUGCAUGUUAGAUUUGUUUGUUUCCAGAAAUGAGACAGUACCUGUUCAUGUUUUUCUUUGACCUGCAAACUACCUUGUAAGCUGCUAUGCAAACUAUCUUAAAAGCCCUGCCUGCCUGCUUAAAGGGUUAAACCUUCUUUAGGCUCUGGGGAAGACAUGUAGACUUGAGCACUUUCUCUGCUUUUGUUUUGUUUUUUGAUCUUUGCUCCGACACUCAAGCUGAAUUAAGUUAAUAUCUUAAUUUUGGAGGCUAUAAACUAUUGAUUUUAAAUAACAUUUAAACUGAACAGUAUACAUGUCCAGCAUACCCUUUAUGUUGCUGCCAAUACUGAAUGAGAUCACAGUUGAACUGUCGAGUAUUUGAAAGGCCAAAGGUUGCUAUUGAAUCCUAUAUAAUUAAAUGAAAUAUUAAAUGCCAAAACUCUUUGGUUCUGAAGCUGCUUGCAUUGGAGAAAUUCUAAUUUCUAUAAAUGAGGACUUCUUUAGACCUUAGAACUCUGCUAAAACUAUAUUUUAAGUUAAAGUAACCCAUUGCGCCCCUGCAGAUUGAUCUCUGGUAAGACCUCAUAUGCCAUUGGUGAAGUCUGGAGUCUUCUUUGAUAGAUUUAGAUAUUGUCUUUGCCAAUUCUGCCUCCCUUUCCCAUCUCUGCCCACCAAGAGACAGAGGAAGGGUGGGAAUUCGUCAUCGGAUGCCCCCAUCCCAGGCAUCGGCAUCUUUUGCCUGGUAACCUAGAGCUCCGCAUCCGCACCUUUAUUUUCAGGUGUAAAUGUUUCUAGAAACCACCCAGUCAUAAAUCCCCAAAGGCUGGUCUCUUCCCCCGCACUUGGUAAUCCUGCUGCCUCCCAAACAUGCCACAAAUGAUCAGGCCACCACUAUAGCCACUUGAUUGGGUUUGGGUCUUAGACGGGAGCUGUGAGUUCAGGUUGUGCAGGUGCUCCUCUGAAGUCCUCGGCCCCCUACGGCCCCCUCGUGGGGCAAAGCGUCCGCGUUGGAGGGUUCCCCUGAGAUCCCGCCUUGGCCGAGACACACACCAAGCCACAACCAGCUGCUUCCUGAGGCGGGGGGGGGGGGGGGGGGGGGGCCUAAUUAUCUGAAAGUUUGACCUCCCGGCUGUUCCUUUCUCCCCCGAAACCCUUCAGACACUGAACGGGAGCUGCACAGUGUCCCCCCAGCCAUUUCCUUCCCGCCGCCUCCUGUGGCAUGUUCAAAGCUGGUCUUCAGUCAUCCUCGGGGCCCUCCCCUGGAUGCUGUGGCACCCCCUCUGCUGACUCUUCCUAUAUAAAGUCUACAGAAUUUCCCCGGGCCUUUUUUCAAGCAAACUCUGCCCUCUAACCACGUUUCCCCCAUUUUUUACUUUGGAAGCUGAUUUGUUCCCCCCUGAAGUGAAACCCCUUCUACUUCCUAAUGAGUCAUUUAUAUGCUGUAGCUUUUAAGGGAUAUUUUUAGAUGUGACUUUUUUUCAACCCGUAUUGAUUCCUAGUCAGAAGAUGGGGAUGGGCUAGACAACUGCGCUCAAGUGACUCGCCCAGGAUCACACAGCCCUGAAGUGUCCCGGGUCAGAUUUGGGCCCGACGACCUUUGUCUAGGCCUGGCUUUCUAGCCUCCGAGCCACCCCGCUUUAUUUUAGAAUUGGUGGAAUUUCCCUUCAGCCUCUGCUCAUCUCUCCUACACUUCUCAAGUGACUAAACUUGGAGCUUUUUGUUCCCAUUUCCCAGCCGUCCUGCUUUCGGUGUCCUGGUUGCACGUGCCUUCUUACAGAUGUCACCUGGUGCUUGCUGUCUAAAGAACCUAGUUAGCAGUAACGCACCGGACUAAACAACUCGGCUUGUCUACCCACGUGUUGGCUCACACAAGGGGCAGCAUCUAAGUGCCUGCGAUUCCCCAGCCUGCAUCUGGUGCUUUGGGGCUUCACCGGGCUGAAGCGAGACGUCUGGACGAAGCUGGUUCCUGCCCAACUCCAUCCCGCCUUCCCUUCCGCGGCAGGGUUUAAGUUCUUCGCCUCCUUCUUACCAAAGUGUUUUUCCAUUUUUACUCCUUGGGGGAUGCUGGCAGACUGGACAGAAAGGCCUAAAUCAGUUGUGACCAAACCAAGCGAGCUCUUGUUCUGAGUGAAGAACUGUGAUGAUGGAAGAGAUGGGGAGAGGGGAGAGGAGAUCCUUUUGGUCACACAGAGCAGGAUCCGCCUGUCAACUUUUUUCUAAAUGGUGCUUUCACAAAUUUCCAGACUGAUCUCCCUUUCCGCAGCUCCUUGUUAGCACGGUAAAAUGCUGCUUUGGUGACUAUCAGAAUGAAGACGUUGGGAAACUUAGGCGUCUUCCCCCACCCUUUUUUUUUUUUAAGCAAAUACUGGAGACGUUCAUGGUCUCAGAACAUGGAAUGUACUUGAGAGAAGAGAAGAGAUUUUUUAGUUUAUCAAGAAACUUUCAUCCAACCAAAGCCCUCUUCUAUACAAAAUGCCUUAUUGAGUUAAAUAGGUUUUUCCUCUGACCUCACAGCAUAGAUUGUUUCUAAAUGGAUGAGCCUCAGGUGUAUUCAGAAAAAAUAUUCCUGUUCUUGGUAUAGCGGGUGAAGGUCGCGUUGGCCCUUUAACCGCUUGGUUUUCCGGUAUGCUAGAACCAUUCCUGGAAACGUCGCCUCGGUGUCUUGUUCCUUCCGUUGGAGCCGUGGAGGUCCUGGUGUUCUCAUUUGAUGUCAUUGGGAUCUCCACAUUUAGGUGUCUGCAGUCCAUAGCCUGGGAAUCAUGAUAUCCUGUAUACAUCUAUUUUGUUCAUGGGUUUAGCUAUACUUUUCAUUUUAGGAUGUAUUUUCCCUAUUAGAAGGCAGGAGUUUGGAUGAGAAUUUACAAUUGUAUUUUGCAUUGCCACUCAUCGCUGUUGUUUCCUCAUCUUUGUAGCAAAUCUGCCCUUUGGAAAGAGCCAUUUUGGCAUUUCUUGCUGUAAGAAAUGGCACUCGUGUGAUGUUUACAGUCUGCUCAAUGACUACGGCAUGACAGGCAACAGCUACUCCUUUUGGUUCCAUCAAGGACUUUGGGGGAAAUUACGAUCUGUGUGAAAUGGCCUGUUUGGGCUCACACAUCCCGCACAUCCUUGUCUUUCUCUGCCCUUCUCUCCUCUCUCACACAUGGAUAUUAUUCCUGGGGAUCUUUAAAUAUUCAGGCUUAGACGACUGUAAUAAAACUGCUAUGAAGAAUCAAGUCUGUCCUAAAAAUUCCUUAUAAAACUCCGCUCUGUAUUCAAAUAAGACUUCUUUCCUCUUAAGACUCUUCUGGCCAGUCUAGGCUACCAAAACGAAAUAUUCAUGUAAAACAGGGCAGUAUUGUGUUCUUAACAAUCAAUCCCAGGAAAGCUUUAUGUGUACACUAGAAAUACAGAGACAUCGACAACACUUUCCUUGAGUUGCAUAUGAACUAUAGCAUUGUACAUUACAAUGGAAACGUGUGACUUAAGGGCUAUAUAUAUAUAAGUACAUAUAUACCUUUGUAACCUUUAUACUGUAAAUAAAAAAGUUUUGCUUUGA